UCUUUUCCUACUCGGUCGCAGGACCGCCGUUCAACUUCAACAUGCGAAGAAUGGCCGAGUGGGUUCCACCUGCCAAGGAGCAGAGCUCCUGGUUAUUAAGUUGGCUUCCAUCAUGGUGCCCCACUUCCCUCUCUCAGCUUAAAGAUGCAGAGGAGAAAAUGCUGAAAAGUGUAAAGCAGGCUUUCUCCAGACAACACAUCCGCAUCUCCGAUGGAAACUACCUGUGGACCAUUGCGUUCCAGGCCUCGUCUGCCCCCCAGUCCAGGUCCCCUCUGGUUUUGCUCCACGGCUUCGGCGGCGGCGUCGCCUUGUGGACCCAAAAUCUGGACUCUCUCUCCAGCAGCGGUCCAGUCUACGCUCUGGACUUGCUGGGCUUCGGCCGAAGCAGCCGCCCGCUGUUCAGCGGCGAGCCCGAGGGGGCCGAGGAGCAGUUUGUGGAAGCCCUGGAGGAGUGGAGGGAGAAGGUGGGCCUGGAGGAAAUGCUGCUCCUGGGACACAACCUGGGAGGAUAUUUGUCCGCCGCCUACACCCUCAGAUACCCUCACAGGGUGAAACAUUUGCUGCUGGUGGAGCCGUGGGGGUUCCCCGCCCGUCCUGAGAACCCUCACCAUAACUCCAUCCCAGUGUGGAUCAGAGCCAUGGGGGCCGUCAUGAGCCCCUUCAACCCACUGGCUGGCCUCCGACUGGCCGGGCCACUAGGUCCGACGCUGGUCCAAACCAUCAGGUCCGACUUCAAGCAGAAAUACUUGUCCGUGUUUGACGACAACACUGUGUCCAACUACAUCUACCAUCUGAACGCCCAGACUCCGAGCGGCGAAACGGCUUUCAAGAACAUGACCAUCCCGUACGGCUGGGCGAAGCGGCCCAUGCUGGAGCGGAUCGGCCAGGUGCAGGCGGGCAUUCCUAUUUCUUUUAUCUACGGUUCACGCUCCAGCAUUGACAGCGCCUCGGGAUACGCCUUCAAGAAAACCAGGCCGGAGGUGGGAAUCACGGUGAUUCGAGGAGCGGGCCAUUACGUUUUCGCCGACCAGCCGGAAGACUUCAACCAAACGGUCCUCCGCAUCCUCGCCAGGACGGAGAAAAAAAGCACAGACUUUAACUCAAAGCCUUGACGACUUCUUACUUUGUUUUUUUGUUUUUUUUUUAGCUAAUACAGACUUUGAACAAAACCCCACUACUCAAAAUGGACGGUCGAAACCAUUUAAGCUUCUCUCGCGUGCACUUUACUGACCGAAGGCUCGUCGGCCGGUCGGGACAAACUCUCCCUAGGCCUCUGAGGAUUGCGUUACAGAGCUCGUGUGAAUGAUGUGAUCACGUGCUUUUGGGGGAAGCUGUUGGGCAACUUUUAUCUGGAUCUGGAAGGACAAUUCUCCAAAGUUGAACGUCUUGUUUGGAGCACGGAUCUAUACGGAAUGUUCUCGCAGAUACGAGGGAAAAAGUAAAUAGGACAAAGGGCAAGUGCUGCUGCUGUGUGCGCGUGUGUGUGUGUGUGUGUGUGUGUGUGUUGCAAAUCGCCCAGCCAGCAGGUGUCAGCACAGCACACACACCCUCUCCUCUGGUCUGAUGCCGCCAACAAAAUCCAACAAAAUUCAGCAUCCAUGGUGUUACAGGACAGUGAUCCGAAAGAGUCCCAACACACACACACACACACACACACAUCACAGGGUCAUGCUUGACUAAAAAUAGACUUACCCGUUUCAAGGGGCUGCAUCACAAGUCAAACAUACUGCUCCCUUUUUUUUUAGGAGGUUGGAAUUCUGAAAAAUAAAAAUGACAAGGAAGUUGUUGCCUACAUUCAUGAAAUGUGCAGUGUACGAGGUGUGUCGGAAAGGUUCCUGGACUGAGGUGACAAAAGAUGCAGUGGAUAUAAAAAAAAGUCUACACACCCCUGUACAAAUGCCAGCUUUUUGUGGGACCAAGAGAAAUCAUGUCCAAACUUAUUCCACCAUUGUGACCUAUAACCUGUAUAACUCAAAUGAAAAAAAUAUUUCCGAGAAGGGUAUUGGCAAUAAACAACUGAGAUCAUGUGAUUGCACAAGUUACCGCACCCUCUCAUAACUGGGAUGCGUGUGUUCAGAAUGAACCAAUCACAAUACUCAAACUCAUGUUUAAUGGGAGUGCCCUUGAUUAACCCCAAAUAAAGUUCGGAUGUUUUAGUAGGAUUUUCCUGGCUUUUUUUCUCUUUCUUUCUCGCUUAAGCCUGAAUGUUUGGCGAUAACACUGACUGCUGCUUUGAACUGGUCAUAAUUCCUACCACCUUGAAAAAACACCUCCAAAGCGUGAUUUGGCCACCAUGCUGGUUGAUCAUCUCACCCACACUGAAGGAAAAAAACUCUUUGUGUUUGGGUUUGAAAUAUAUAUUUUGUGACUUUUUUGUCAUGUCCAUUCUUCCAGUCUUCCAUUGGAACACAAUGAGGAAAUACUACCUGGUUAGCCAAGUGGAAGUUCAUGU